AUGGUAAAGUUUGGUUUUGUCUCGAUCCCAUAUCCAUUUUUGUUAGCAAUUUAUUGUCGACGUAAAGUAAAUCGAAUGUUAUUAACAAUUCCAAUGAGUCCAACAGUCAAAAAACUUCACACAUCUCUAAUGACUGUUCUCAUUCUUCAAGUCCUUUCACCGUUUUCGCAAAUCAUUUCACUUAGUGUGCAUGGCAGUUCUAUGAUUUGGAAUGAGUUGCAAACUCCUUUUAUUGAAAAUUUCAUUGAACUUCCUAUUUCACUAUUACCUUCUAUCACACCACUAUUCACGAUAUAUUUUGUAGUUCCUUAUAGGUUAGAAAAAUUAAAACAAAAAGAGUAAUAUUUUAUUUACAGAAAUGCUUUGAAAUCAAUUUUGGGGUUUGAAACAACAAAUGCUCAAAUUCCAAUAUUUUCAACAUCAACUUCAACAUCAGCACCUCAAUUGUAG